UGCUAAUCACCGCUGAUCACCUGACGCCGAUCCUAACCCUAACCUAACCCUAACGGCUUACUAUUUUACAGCUCUGUUAAAUCAGUUUUUUUGGUUUUGUAGGGAAAGGGAGAAAGAGGAAAGCUGAAGAAGAAAGUGAAGAUAAAGUAGAAGAUGAGGAAGAAAACAAAAAAGAGGAAUUUGCUCCUGCAGAGGUGGAAACUCCAGAACCGUCACAGGAAGCAGCAGAGGAAAGCGACUCGGACGACAGCAGCGAUGAUGAAAAUGAGAUUACAAAAAUGAAGCAAGCCAGGGGAUCCGGAGGGGCAUCAAGAGAGGCUGAAGACGACAACAUCCAGGUUGUUCCUGUUGAAAGCACCAGUAAAAAAAAGCCCGUAUCCUAGAUGCAGAGGGUCUGUCCCUCGGCUGUGAGAUCGCUACAUCCAAGAAGAAAGCCAGAGAUCUGGUAGACUACUCCUUCCACAGGUUUGCCAGCUCUGACGAGCCAAGCUCUGACGAGCUCUGAUGAACGCAAACACAGGAAACGACCGAUGCCUGUCACCAAGGAGAUGGUGGAGGAAUACAAACAGAAAUGGAAAGAGAUCAAUGCCCGGCCAAUCAAACGGGUGGCUGAAGCGAAGGCCAGGAAGAAGAGAAGGAUGCUGAAGAAGAUGGAACAAGCCAAGAAGAAGGCUGAGGCUGUCGUCAAUACUGCCGACAUUUCUGAAAGAGUGCCGACAUUUCUGAAAGAGAAGAUGGCUCAGCUGAAGAGUAUCUACAAAAAAGCAGGUGUGAAAAAGGAAAAAAGAGAAGUAACAUACUUGGUAGCCAAAAAAGGAGUUGGUAAGAAGGUGAGACGGCCUCGUGGAGUGAAGGGACUCUUCAAAGUGGUGGACGGACGCAUGAAGAAGGACAUGCGGGGGGCGCAGAGGAAAGAACAGCGAGCAAAAGGAGGAAAAGGAAAAGGACGACAGCCUAAGGGUGGUAAAGGGAAGAGAGGAAAAUAAAUGUGAACUUUUUCCUUCUCUUUUCCACAUACGCAUCAAGCUUCUCUGUGACAAACACAUGAACUGGAGUUUAUUUUUAAAUACUGUUUUCAGGUAAAUGUGACUGAAAGAGUAUUUAAGCCUUGGAGACUUUGGACCUGUUCUGGUAGUGUUUAGGCUGAUGCAACUUGUACAUCUUUUUUAAAGAUGCUUUUCCUCCCAGCAGAUGAACUGCAGUUUAUCCUAACUACAAUAAAUGCAUUCAUGAUGUUUUGUAAAUAUUUAAAAUUUGGCAAAUGUUUUACUCUGAUUAGUUGGUAAAUGCUUGUUUUUAUUUAUAUCACGUUUUGUUUUAUAUUUGGUUUAGACAGAUCUGUAGGUCUGAGGUCUUUAAAGGUUUGGAAAAGUAUGGCGUUAGCAAUGCUGUAAAAGCAACAGUCUCUUACAGAAUUCUUCAGUUUUUACUUUUUUGUCACAUUGUAAUGUUUCAAAUCAUUGAACAAACUUGAAUUCAAGGUAGAAAAUCAGAUUCAAUACAAAAU